AUUGGUCACAGUAUGGGUGGCGCUAUUGCUGUCCACACGGCAGUUGCCAAUCUCGUGCCAAGUUUGUUAGGUCUCUGUAUGAUCGAUGUUGUUGAAGGCACGGCUAUGGAAGCAUUAAACAGUAUGCAAAACUUCUUACGCAGCCGCCCCAAAACCUUCAUAUCACUGGAAAAUGCCAUAGAAUGGAGUGUGAAGAGUGGCCAGAUCAGGAAUUUGGAGUCUGCACGUGUUUCCAUGGGGGGGCAGAUCAAACAGUGCGAAGAAGCAUCAACCCCAGAAGUAUCCAAAGCUAUUGUAGAAGGCAUAAUUGAAGAGGAAGAAGAAGAUGAAGAAGAGAAUGGGGGACAAUCCCUUAACAAGAGGAAGAAAGAGGAUGAUACUGAAACCAAAAAAGAGCACCCAUACACUUGGAGAAUUGAGCUUUCAAAAACCGAGAAAUACUGGGACGGUUGGUUCCGAGGCCUCUCCAAUCUUUUCCUGAGCUGCCCCAUUCCCAAACAGCUUCUCUUAGCAGGUGUGGACAGAUUGGAUAAAGAUCUCACUAUAGGACAGAUGCAAGGAAAGUUCCAGAUGCAGGUUCUCCCACAGUGCGGCCAUGCAGUACACGAAGAUGCUCCUGAUAAGGUUGCUGAAGCAGUGGCUACAUUCUUGGUGCGUCACCGGUUUGCAGAACCAGUUGGCGGCUUCCAAUGCGUCUUCCCGGCCUGUUAAUCUUCGGCAUCUCUUGGACGCAGUCAUGUUGUAAAUAACUUGUGCCAGAGGCUCGAGGCAAUGUCCAUCUUUUACCGUCAAGCCCAGUACAAGAGAAUACAGAUGGGGUCUAUCAGCACAUCAAAAUUGACAUCGCAACAUGACAUUUUUUUUUUUUUUUUUUUCUCUCUUUAAUUUAUUAUUUUGAUUUUUUUUUUUUUACAUUUUCUCUCAUGCCAGUGCACUGGCCAGCUGCGUACUAAAAAGGGCAUCAUUCCGUGGUUUUCCAAGAAUGUGCCAGCCUUUGCCCUCUGUGUUUACUUCAGCAUGAUCUGUUUUCUAUAAUUGAGGGUGAGAGGACCAUCCGAUGUCUCUCUCUUUACCUCCUCCCCAUAUAUACACUCACAGUCCUUGCAGAUACUUGUGUUUUGAGGAUGUAAAGUAUCCCCUGGGACUUAAAGGACAUUUAAGUCACUACAUGCAAGAUGCAGAGGACUUAUUAGAAUCUCUUUCUUUUGAGCUCCACAUUUAAAAAUAUAUUGCCCUUUUUGCUGAGCUGGGAUAGAGAAAAGUCACCUAUGGUUUUAGGAAGGAAGCAAAGCCGCCUCUUCCUUAAAAUCUGCUCAAAUAACCAUUAUCAAAGUCUGUGCCUGAAAAAGAGGGCUUGCAACGGCUACAGACUGGUCUGCAACGUCUGCAAGAUGUAUUUUGUUUCAUAUACCCACAAAGAAAACAUGCGGGGAAAAAUACAUGUUUGUUUUCUCUGGGGUAUAUCUGCUAAAUAGUAAAAAAAAAAUGUCAAUGGAGUGUACCUUUUUAAGUGUACAUUGUAUGCUUUUUCAUGGUUGUUGCAAAUCGAAACCCUGAAAGUAUUGAUUUUCUUCAGCCAAUGUGUGGGUGAUUUCCAGAAAGCCUGGUCUUUUUAUUUCCUGUUCACUGUUGUUCAUUUUUGGUAUUGAAAGGCAAGCCGUUGGGGAUCAGCAGUCCUUCCUAUCUAGCGAGACGAGGACUAGACAAAAUGUAGUUCCUGUGGUAAAACGCAGUGGUGUAGUUGCUGCUCUUCCUGUAGGGAAUAUGAGCCUUCGAUGUAAAACCAGGAACAGACUUGUAACUUAUUCACCAGACUUUCAGGAUUAUUUACUAAACUGUCAUGAAUUCGCUGGGAGAUUGACAUUUUUAGACCAAAAUAAGUGAAAAGAAAACAAAAACAAGUUGCAGAUUUUUUUUUUCUUUUCAAUCCUGCUGUUCUAGUCUAACAUUUGACCUUCACUGGUCCAUACUCGGCAGUAAACUUUAGGGAAUACAUUUAGUGGUUAUGGUGCUUUGUCUACACUGUAACUAUUGUACCGUAGAGUGACUCAAACCAGACCACAUAAAGAAUGAAAUAUGGGGACAAACGUCAGCCAGGCAUUAAACAUCUUAGCUCAAUGAAGGCCAACCUGCUAUCUCAGCUGGUCCUGCACUACAUGUCCCAUAAUGCUUAGCCAGUUUUAAGCUACAUUUGUAGUUAAGGGACAUUUGGGAUACUAAAGCAGAGCGGAUUCUGUUAAACUCUUGCUGGCUUUGAAACAUGCCAGUGAUAGGGUUAAUGUCCUUUGAUUCUAUUUGUAAAGGAACGUGUUUAUCUCCUCUGGGCUACAUGCUAUAACGGUAGGAGUUCCUCACUUAAUUUUACAAUAUUUCCCCUGCAAAUUAAUAAAAUAAAAUGUCAGAUUAGGUUAGGAAUACAAAUUAAAUAUAUACAUUGUGCCAGUUUAAUUACAAACAAAUGUAUAGAAUAAAAUAUUCACUUACCUGGAGUUUGCUCUUGCCUUCAAGAUGGAUGCACAAUGCCCCAAACCCAUAAUGCAUAGCAACUUGCAAGUGCGAGUAUACCUGCUAUUAGGAAAGUGUGAUUGGCUUGAAUGUUCAACUGUGGCAGCCAUGUUUAUAGUUUUUACCUCUGAUAAUGGCAUAAAUAAAAAAUAUGUAAAUGUAGAAAUCCGAUUAAAUCGAUGUAUUUUCUGACAGUCUGGCUAGCCCGGUAUUUCAAUGUUAUUUUCUAUAUGAUUACCAUGUCUGUCUUGCAUGUUCCUCCAACUUCAAUACAUUCACUUCGUUGCCAGAUGCUUUUUUUAUUUUUUUGAUUAAUUUUAAAUGAAUGUAAACAUGGUAAAUCUUAAGCUCUAUGGCUACACAUUAAAAAAAAUGUAUCAGGUUGUUGCGUGAAGAAACCUCUGUAGCAUGAGUGCGUGCCAUGUUUGACAACCAUCAGGAAGAAAACAAUGUAAAAUUAGACAUUGCGAUUGGCGAAGUAUUACUGCGUGUACUUCAGAUGAAAUGUGUAUGGAAAAUCUCAUUAUUAAAAGUUAAAACCGUC